UACCUGACGCAUGCGCACAUCGGUAGCUGUGACUAAUGGAGAACGACCGGAGAGAGGGCUUGCUAUGAUGUCAAACAGACCCUGUCUUCUUCGUCCUGUGAUGUUUGCCAGUUGAAUACUGGGCAGAGAACAAUGGAUGUGAAAAAUUCAUAUUUAAUAGCCGUCUUGGUGCUUUUAACUGGUACAGUGUCUGCUUACGAAUCCUGUGAACACGACUACGGGAAAUAUGAUGGAUUCAAAUGCAAGAACGGAGAGUGUAUCAAUCCUAAGUAUAUGUGUGACGGAGAAGCCGAUUGUAUAGAUGAGAGUGAUGAAUCUUGGGAGAGAGCUGGAUGCACCAUACAUAACCAGAGACGAGGUUACAGAUGCUACAAGUGUGUUGACUGUGAAUUCUGGCACAUGAACAUAUACACCACUGGGUGCCUGUACGGAUGCAGAAAAACUAUUAUUAGUAGCAGUCCUGCAGGUGCUAUAGACACCACUCUCACCAGGACCGUGUCACGUGACUGCGCAGUGUAUUCCUCACAGCGCCCCGUGCGCGACGAAUGCCUCCUUCAAAGUACGGAAAAGCGGAUCGAUUGCACAUGCCUUUCCAAUAUCUGCAACAAAGCUCAGACGAUAAAAACAAAUGGAAUGCAGUUUUUGUUAGGACUUCUAGUUUUUGCUGUCGUCUCAAUCAUUUUAAUUUGAGAGGUUUUAAAGCUCAAUAAACACUUUUGCUACCUGAGUUUCAGAGAACUCACGGGGACUUUCAUGACAGCUCUUACCGUUAUGGAAUAUCAUGAGAGAUGACGGUCCAGGUCGGCGGGAACAUCCUUAAACUCGAGGGAAAUUUAAGCUCUCUUCCUCUUCAAAUAGCAAGACUUCACGGAGAAAGGAGUCCCCCAACUACGACCCCUCCUUGUUUGCAGUGUACUAGGCGAUUUACCCAACUACGAAAACAUUUCAAAACAGCCAUUGAAUCGUAUAUUGUUUUGUAUAUAUUUAUUAAUUAAAUGAUAAUCGCUGUAAGUAAAGGUUUUUAUACUAUGAUAAGCUAAAUCUAAUUUGAAUGCAAAAAUCUAGUUUCUAAUGUAAAAAUGGAGUAGAUAAUUGUUUGGGAUUAGUUUCGAUCUCAUUGCAAAUUUUGUCCCAUGGAGUGUAAAUACGCUUGUACAUUUUGAAAAUAAUUUUAAAUAAAGACACUAAUUUUCUUCGUU